GCACCGACCCCGAGCAGCGACCACGACCAGACCAAGGUCCAGAAGCUUGGAAAGGAUGCCAUGAAGCUGAUCGACGAGCACAACAUCUUCAGGGGCGAGUUUGUCAACAUCCCUCCCGAGGAGAUAGGAUAUUGCCCUUGGAACCGAUCCAGCUCAGACCCGAACAUGCAGUACGUUCACAAAGACCUCAACGCCAACUUCAAGAAAGGAUAUGACCCAUUGCGCGCGAAACCUGGAGUUGUCGUCAGGGUGCGGAAAGAGGAUAACCCAAAGUUGUGGCAGGAAUGGGUUAACUACAACAAACAGCUCGCUCGGAAUUCUACCCUGUGCCCGCCAGUCAACGAGGAGAAAAUGUGCUAUUUCACGCUGGCGAGCUCUCACCACACUCUGCUGAUUAGGCUGUACCAGGCGCGCAUCAUCUCGACGCUUACUGGGGAGCGCUUCCAGGUGGAGAACGACGAGAAGCUGACUCGCGUGAUAACUGCAGGCCAUAAGUACAUCGUGCUGGACCACACGUGCCCGAAGGAAGAGUGCGAGAAACUGAGCGAGUGGAUGAACGCGGACAACAACAGCAGCCUCGCGAAGAGCGAGGUCGAGCACAUCAAGCACUGCAAGAGCGUCAUCGAGACACAUUUCCCUAACGAUGCUCAGGUGCCGCUGGGCCGGCUUGUAGCGAAGGUGGUGAACGCGAACUCCUUGAAGAUCCAGCCUGCCGUCAUCGCAGCGUUCGCCAAGUACACCACUGAGAUGGGGGCUGGCCCAUUGAUUGACGAGUUCGCAGCGGAGCAUUCGUCCUCGGUGAAUUCUAGCGAGCUGACUGCCCCGCACCACUUGUUCGAAGAGAUCGCCAAGAACAUUGGCCGCACUCAUCCCUUGACCAUGCUCGCCCUGAGUUGCGCGAUGUACACCACAGAGAAAGUGGACGAGAAGGUGAGGCCGCAGCCCGACGUGAGCAAAUUCUUCGUUGCUUCAGAGAUCAAGGCCUACGGCGAGAACACGGCCGUGCUCACGAUGGGCGAGACGUUCAUGAGGCAGAACAGGGAACAGAUGCACUCCGAACUUAUCAAGCACGUCAACAACGAGGCUGCGUUGCACUACUUGCGCAUGUUCGAGAUUCAGGACGCAUAG